GGAGUUAUAAUCCGGGAGUCAAGAGUUACUCAUGUUUUAAGCCAAAUGGAGGGAGCAAAUCGAUAAUGUAUUAUUGGUUGGUGAGGGAUAAUAUUCAUAUUCAGUCUAACAUGUUUGAAGUUUGGGUCCCCUGCUGGAGCUGUUGCCCCGGCAACCCCACCCUGGAGAGGCGGUUGAAGAUGAGUGAGCGUGCAUGUCUUCAAGAGGAGCUGUCCUGGACUGGGAAGUCAUGUAGGAACGUGAGAGUCUCUCAGCACAUUUGCUGUUCAGGGAUUCUGGAGAAACAAGCACAAUGUCUGGCGGCAAUGAAGUGUGGGAGUCAGCUGGAAGUGGGACGAGGGAUGUGCUGGAUGACAAUAAAGACAAAAGUGGAUUCUCUGAACAUGAACUCCUUGACAUCAUGUAUAAUGCAUGUAACACCUCCAACACAGGAGAGGUGUUGGCCUCCACCAUCGUGCAGUACCUGCAGACCAUGACGGAUCAGAGUCCGGAGCAGGACAGACUGGCCGCCCUGCGACGGCUGCUCGACCCUGACUUUCUGGACCCUCAUGUGAGCAGAGAGUCUUUCCACUCCACCAUGAGGGAGUGGAUUGCACAGUGCAGCCAGGACAGUUCCGAUGUGGAGGGCAGUCAUGUAUCUUGGCCUGACUCUUCUAAAGAGCCUGUAAACGGACUGGAUAUCUCAGCUUCUCAAAGCAAAGCUGCCUCCUCAGAAAGCCACCAGUGUUCCUGUGAUGGGAAAGACCUGUUGGACACGGUGGCCGAACUGAAGCACGCUCACCGCAAGCUGAGCGAGCAGAACAGCAGCCUGCUGAGGACGGUGGCUCAGUGUGAAGACGUAAACCUGCAGCUCACUCUAGAGGUCACUGAGCUGCGAGCGAAGCUGGCCAGUGCUCAGCGGUCAGCAGUGAGAGCCAGAUCCCUGACAGAAGAACUGGAGGAGACCCGUCGGGCGUUUAAAGAGGCCCAGGAGAGAGCCAGCCGCACCCAGACCAGCUGCACCAAAUUGAGCAAUGAGGUUGAAUGCCUGAAGGUUCACACAAGGAGGCUGGAAGACAAGAAUGAAAAACUCACCUUUGAAAGGACGUGUUCUGAAGACAGCAUCAACAAACUGAGGACGGUCAACGCUGAGUUGAGGGCUGAAUUUGAGGAGACCCUGCUUAUGUUGACUCUGAGAGACAGAGAAAUCGCAAAGAAAGACAUUCUUAUGGAUAAGAUGAAGAACUCUCAUGUGGAGAGUCACAACAUGAUUGAGGGUCUGCAGUCAGAGCUGGUGAGGUUACAGGAACAUUCACACCAAGUUCUUUUGAGGUAUGACAGACACUGUAUCAGUGCUCAGAGUCUCUACGGUCGAGAUCCUCCAAACCACCGCUCUCUGCAGAGCGAGAUGCAGGAUAUGCAGCAGCAGCAUCACAGAGCUCUGGACGACAUAAGCCUCCCGUCCCUGCACACACACAGCGAUGAUAUUCACAGCAUCAUCAACAGGAUCAAGUCUGCAGAAAUAGCUCAUCUUCUGAACAACAAGUAUCCUGAGAGGGACUCUGCUCCUGUAGAAACACAAGAGAGGCCUUUUCCUCACCGCCCGCAGCAACAGGCAAGCAUCAAGCAGCAGCUUGUCAAUGUGCUGCAGGAGCUGGAGCUGCACAAUCGUGUGUGGGAGGAGAAAGGGGAGAAGGUGGAGGAGCGGUGGGAGAAGGAGAAGGAGCAAAAGCAAAGCCAGACUGGGAGCCCGACUCAGAUCCAGGAGGCCAAGAAGGUGGCUGUGGUGAACUGGUGGAAAGCCCGCAGCGUAGAGGGGGCUAAAGCCCGGACAAAAGACCCACAGCCGGGCCAGGAGAUCUCUGAGACGCAAGUGAAGCUCCAGCAAGCAGAGCAGACGAUCACUGAUAUGAGGGAGCAGGUUUGCCUCCUGCAAGCCUCUCUAAGAUCUGCACAGGAGCGUGUCGCCGAGCAAAAGAACAGCGGUCUCCAUAUCGAUAAGGGAACCAACACUGACAGAGAGGAACCACACAGAGCUGUGGAGAAGGUUGUGAAGGAGCAGAGGGAUGCAGCAGUGGCCACGGAGAUUACAGGUGGAGCCUCUCUAAGAUCUGCACAGGAGCGUGUCGCCGAGCAAAAGAACAGCAGUCUUCAUAUCGACAAGGGAACCAACACUGAGAGAGAGGAACCACACAGAGCUGUGGAGAAAGUUGUGAAGGAGCAAAGGGAUGCAGCAGUGGCCACGGAGAUCACAGGUGGAGCCUCCUCAGAGCAGGAGCAAACCCAGCUCCGGGUGACCGCAGACGGCCUCCUGGAGACCCUCAAAAGGAUGGAGGCGAUGGUCAACAGCGCCCUGGAGACCGCCGAGCUGGUGAGAGAGAGCGAGCAGAGGGUGAGCCAGGUGAGGGUGAGGAUGGAGAGCAUCACUCAGAGGGUGGAGGAGGCUCUGGACCGAGCAGCCGACACAGGCGAGCAGCUGAACGUUCUGGAGGCCAGGAUCGCAGAAAAAGAUCCAACUCAGUCUCCAGGUCAAAGUCUGGCAGCUGAUCCUGGAACAGACGUCACAGGCUUCAUGGCUGAGUCUGAUGUAGAGCCUGAAGACGGAGACGGUCCUCCUCCAUCUCCUGUGAUCCCAGAAGUCAGUGAGCCUCCACAGCUACCCAUGAAUGGUGGCACAGGACGAGGCGGCUGCAGCAGCAAGCUCGAGGAAGAGGAGGAACACUCCCUACAGGGAUCUCCUCUUGAGCAAAGUGACCAUAACUUGGAGGAGUCCUGUGCUGCCUCCUGCGCCGCUGAGAGUCCUUUUGUUUUCCCACACACCCGCUCACGUCCCCCACUGCUCCCCACCAUGCCCACACUGCCCGAGGAAGAGGAGGACUCCCCCGAGGAGCUUAACAGCUCCUCCAGCUCUCCCAGUACAUCUACACCAGCAAAGAGUCGAGCUGUUAUGAUGACCGCCCCCACCAUCGUCUACCCACAGCAGGCCACUAUUGUCCAACAAGAUGGACAUCCCCUGGAGCAGACCAGGCCACACAGUCCCAGAGCUCGCCUCGCCAGAAACUCUUCCGGAGGACCCAUCACCACCAUCGACAGUACAGGUCAUGUGAUCGACCUGGUGAAAGAUCAGCUGCCGGAGCUGCAGCUCUCUGAGGAGGAUCGACAGAAGAACCUGGAGCUGCUCCAACAGGCCAAGAAGGUCAGCGACCGUUUCCUGACACGCCGCGGCCGCCGCUCCCUCACUGACUCACCCACAGGUCUCUCUCCAACUCCAACUCCGUCAUCCUCACCGUGUUCAUCUAGAAGCAGUUCACUGACUGUGGCUCCUCAAACUGCUGGAGGACCCACAGAGGCCACCUAUGUCAGCCCACAGUCGGUUGGGCAGCAUCUGGAAGGUCCUUCAGUGCGGGAUCAGCCUGACUUAACAACCCAGGAUCAGGAGGGCAACAGAUUGUUGGUGGACUGGAAGCCCUCUGAGAAGAGGAAAGUGUCCUCUGGGACUCUGACGCCCCGUUUUGCUGUUCAGAAGGAGAACUGUGAUCCUGCUGUACCUAAGAGUCCUCCAGCUGUCGGUAAAGCAGACGAGGGACCAGGUUCGGGCCGAAACCCCAACCAGGCCCCGGCCACAGGGGUGGCCAAGCCCGUCCCCCGACCCCCUACUCAACAGGCCCCCUGUACAGCAGAGAUCAAGACGAUCGGGGCCUUCCCUCCACUUAUGAGGGCUGUUUCCUGGGAUACUGUAGGCGGCCUUAAUUCUAGAAAUGGAGGCCCGAGUUUCCCUCCUACAGCGGAGGAUACUUUCUCAGAUGCUGUCUUCAAGUCCUCAGGGUACAAGGACCUCCCCGUCCAGCAGGGGGGCGUACAGAAACUGUCUAAAUUCAGAGAGGAGCACAAGCUGAUGCGUAACCAAAGCAUACUGGGAUCCAAGUUACCAGACUUGAGUGAAGCUGCUGAACAGGAAAAAGGUCCUCCAGCUUCUCCAAACUCAGCAAGCAGCGAGGAGGCAAAGGAGAAGGCCGAUGCCAUGCCGAACAUUUCAGAUGUGAUGCUGAGAAAACUCAAACUCCACCGAGGUCUUCCAGGCUGUGCUCCCCCUCUCACUGAAAAAGAAGUUGAGAACGCAUUUAUCCAGCUGUCCCUGGCGUAUCGCAAUGACAACUACACUCUGGAGAUGCGGAUCAAACAGGCGGAGAGGGAGAGGAACCUGACGGAGGAAGACACCGAGAAAGAACUAGAGGAGUUCAAAGGAGCACUGAAGAUGACCUCGCCACAGUGGCAGAACCUGGAGCAGCGCGAGUCCUACCAGCGCCUCAUAGAGACGGUGGCGGUGCUGCACCGACUGGCCACGCGGCUCUCCAGCAGAUCAGAGAUCGUGGGAGCAGUUCGACAGGAGAAACGGAUGAACAAGGCCACCGAGGUCAUGAUGCAGUAUGUGGAAAAUCUGAAGAGGACGUAUGAGAAGGACCAUGCAGAGCUGAUGGAGUUCAAGAAGCUUGCCAACCAGAACUCAAACCGCUGUUACGGAGGGUCCGUAGACGCUGGAGAUGACGGAGUUCCACGGCCGUCAAGAUCGAUGUCGCUUACCCUGGGAAAGGCUCUGCCCAGACGCAGGGUGAGCGUAGCGGUGGUGCCUAAGUUUAACCUCCUGAACAUCCCAGGUCAGACCCCAGCCACAGCCGGCCCGGGACCCAUCAUGGGACCCAGCAUGCUGGGCUCCAGCAUGGGCCCCAGCAUUGGACCCACCAUGGGACCCACCACUGGUGCUGCUCUUCCUGUCCUGUGUGAAGCGAAUGAUGUGAAAGCCAACGCUUCCACAGAGGCGGCACCACAACCAGCAGCAGAAUGUGGAAAGAGUGUGUCGGAGCAGGAAAGUGAGCCAGCCAAGCCUCCAGUCAACUUAGAGGAGAUCAGAGCCGAGAUCAGGGCCGAACUCAAGGCGAAGAUUGAGGAGGAGUCCUAUAAUAAAGGCUUGCAAGAGGGACUGAAGCAAAGCAAAGUGCUCCAGAAGGAGAAGGAGGAAGAGGAGAACGCUGCAGAGAAAUUGCUGGAAUCGAAAAAUAAGGAUGAAGAGAGCGGAAAGAAGAGAAGGACGAGCAGGAGGAUGGAGGAGGUCCUGGUUCUUCUUCGUCGCAUUUGUCCUAAGAUUCCCCUGAGUCGGCGACUUCUCUGGACCGCCCUGACACUGUUUGUGGCGAUGUGUCUGCUUAUCAGUAUUUUUACAUUCUUCAGUGGCUACUACAACAGACGUGAGGACACGUAAGCAGAGACGAACUUUGUGCGACGUUUGGACUGAGUGUAGCAGAACAACCAAAGAACCCCAGUACAGAAUAACCGAGGUCUCUGACAGUUUACCAUAUCACCACACCCGGACUCACUUGAAUCCACGACCCUGACUCUCCAGGGCCAAAGACGUUUUGGGAGGCUUUAUGGAUAAUGUUGCCUUUAUCAUAGUUGACAGCAUUAAGUUAUAAUUUAGUUUUGGAUUGAACAAUUGACAGAUUGUUUGCUGCAGCAAGAAAAAAUUCUGUUUAGGGACCAAUUAUAUAGUGUGAUGACAUAUACUGUAUAUAUAUAUAUUUAUAUUAGAUGCAUACGUAACAUUUUGUGGUUUGGGUACUUUUUAAUGAUGAACAUCCUCACUUUCCAUUAAAUGUAUCCGUAGAAAAAAGUGUAUAUUUAUCUACACUCUAAUGUUAAAGUAUAUUCUCUCAGGUCCAAUAGAUAAUAAAGCUCCUGAGAGUUUUUGAACUAAUAUUUAAAGAUACAGAAAAUAUAGGAUUUUUUUUUUAAUUAUUAUUUCUAUAAUGUGUAUUUAAAUAUUUUAAAAUAUAAGCACAUUCCAAAGUAGUUCCGUGUGCAAUAUUUUGCAGGAUGGUUCUCGUUUGUGCCAUUUUGGAUUGUGUCUUCAGAGCACUGAGAGGUUUUCUUCUUGUAUGAGAGCACUGAUUAGAUGGCAUAAGGCUUAGUUUGAUCUUCUUUGCACAUGUGUACCUACCUGUGUUGUUUGUUUGAUGCUCUGCCACUUCACCUUUAAAUAAAGGUGCCUGAAAAGA